GUGAGAGGGAAACAAACGAGAAGGCUGGCGUAUGAAGCCGCGACUUGUGGGCAGCGCCGUGUCACAACCCGAGCGGCUGGGUGAGCACUGGGAAACUAAAACAGUCGACCAGGAGUCGGUGGAGAGUACUCGGCAGAAGACUUCCCGGUAAAUCAUGUCGAACUCGAGCAGCGCCAAGCGCCAGACCGGGGCAAGACGCUUCCUGUCCGGAGUGGUGGAGGGUUUUUAUGGGCGACCAUGGACCAUGGAGCAGAGAACAGAGCUCUUCAACAGAGAGCAGCAGUGGGGUCUGAACACGUACCUGUACGCCCCCAAGGACGACUACAAACACAGAAUGUACUGGAGAGACCUGUACUCCGCCGAGGAGGCCAAACAACUCAUGGCCUUGAUUUCAGCAGCCCAGCAGCACAACGUCGACUUCAUCUACGCAAUCUCCCCCGGUCUGGAUAUAACUUUUUCCAGCACCAAAGAGGUCGCUGCUCUGAAGAGAAAAUUGGAUCAGGUGAAGGAGUUUGGCUGCAGGUCUUUCUCUUUGCUGUUCGAUGACAUUGAGACUGAAAUGUGUGCAGCUGAUAAACAGGCGUUCAGCUCCUUCGCCCACGCUCAGGUGGCCGUCACGAAUGAGGUGUUCCAGCACCUGGGAGAACCAGACACCUUCCUUUUCUGUCCCACAGAUUACUGUGCUUCGUUCUGCACCCCAAACGUGUCUCAGUCCUCUUACAUGCUCACUGUGGGGGAGAUGCUGCUGCCGGGUAUCGACAUCCUAUGGACUGGUCCAAAAGUGGUGUCCCACAAAAUCUCAGUUGAGUCCAUAGAAGAGGUGUCCUCUGUCCUGAGAAGGCCACCGGUCAUCUGGGACAAUAUACAUGCCAACGAUUAUGAUCCCCAAAGACUUUUACUUGGGCCUUACAAGGAUCGACCCACUGAGCUGAUUCCCAAACUGAGAGGAGUGCUCACUAAUCCUAACUGUGAGUUUUACCCAAACUUUGUGGCCAUCCACACUUUGGCCACAUGGUGCAAAGCAACCGCCAACGGAGAACCGAGCGAUGUGGAUAUGGGCGAUGAGGAGCAGGACCCCUGCUACAGCCCCCACAAAGCUCUGACCCUGGCCCUCACAGACUGGCUUCAGGAGUUCAUGCGCACGGAUCAACCUGGAGGCCCGUGUCGUCCUCCAGCUCGUCUCAAGAAAGAGUCGUCAGACGAAGAGCCCAUGCAGACAGACAUGGGAGAAUGCUCCUAUGUUCCUGGACCUGGGGAGAACCCACUGUACACAGCCGAACCUCUGACCCUGGACGACCUGAGGCUGCUGUCAGACCUCUUCUACCUGCCGUACGAACACGGAACCACAGCCAGGACCAUGCUGCAGGAGCUGGACUGGCUCAAGAACAACGGCUGCACUGCUGCGGAAACCGACAAGACAGAGGAGUGGUGCUCACGAGCACAGCGGUUCGAUGACAUGUGCGAAGCGGUGGUGCAGAUGUUCAACCGCCUGUCCAACGCCCCGAACCGCAGCAUUCUGUACGACCUCUACAACUACAUCUGUGACAUCAAGAGUGGAGUCGGCCUGGCCCGUGCCUAUGUGAAAACACUGGGAGGGCAGGGCCGACCCUCGGCCCAGCUUAUGAGCGAUGACCCUGAACCAUGGGGCUUCAGAGGAGGACUCUCUGGAGAAUUCCAGAGAAUGCUGCCUGGACACGGAAACAGGGACCUGUUCAGAUAUCCUCCCAUGACGGCGGUGUACUGCAUGCGGCCAUAUUGCCCCGAAGACAAGAUGGAGGUGCAGAGGAUUUUCAGGCAGAUGCAGGGAGCAGGAGAGGGCAAAGUACCCCCGAUGACGCAGCCUCCACUCAUCUGUGAUAGCCUGUCAGCAGGUGACAUCUCCCCUUGCUCCCAGUAUGCUCUCAUCCUGGAGGAUGAGAUCGGGGUGUGCGGUUACGCUCUGGCGCUCACUGAUGCCAAACCAGCUGCAGCCAAGAUUCAGAGGGCAAUAAGCGACCCUGUGUUUGAGGAAUUCCCCUCCUUGAUCACUGUGCAACUGCUGCCCCGGGUCACUGAUCCCUCUCCAGCCAAGCAUAUGAUCGGGCGGCUGUUGUCCUCCAUCAGGAGCAGCGGUUCCAGAGGAGUGUUCUGUGAGUUGAGGCAGAGCGACCAGCGGAUGCUCGACUUUUACAAUAAACUGGGCUCCUUCAAACUCAUUCAAGUGGCUGGUCUACCUCGAGACAUCCUCGCCAUGGCAACAAGCCUGUGAAUGAGAUCGCUCGCCAAUAUUCUCCUCAGGUUUGAACUGUUAAGGUCAAACUGUUUGUGUGAAUAACCGUUGCCCUCUGCAGCACGUUAAACGAACGCAGUUCCUAUCAGAUGAUCUACCGCCAAUCAAUGUCCUCCCAUUAAGGUGUCACAUUUAUCAUGGAAAUUACAUUUUCCGAAAUUUGUUUUACAGAACUAUGGAUUUUUGUGGCCAUGAAAACUGUAAAGUGAACAGCUGUCAUUUAAAAAAAAUUGUUUCAAAAACAAUAAAAAUUCUAAUUUGUUGCAUACA